UUUAUAAAUUAGAGAGUUCCUUUCUCAUUUCAUAAGCAGAUAUUUCUACACUCUACAGCAGCUCUUUGCAAUUAAUUCUCUGUUGUCUACUCCGGCGGGAGUCUACCGGCGGCGAGUGGGAGUGCUCUCUCUCUAUAACUAUUGACUUGUAAUCAUGGCUAGGAAGAUGCUAAUUGAUGGAGAGUUGAGCAAACCUGGUGAAGAAGAAGCGCACUAUGACUUUGAUUUAUUCGUAAUAGGUGCUGGAAGUGGUGGGGUUCGAGCUAGUCGGUUUUCAGCCCAAUAUGGAGCUAAGGUUGCAAUCUGUGAGCUUCCAUUUGAUCCUGUCGGCUCUGAAGUUAGUGGGGGAGUUGGUGGAACGUGUGUUCUUCGUGGUUGUGUUCCUAAAAAGAUUUUGGUUUACGGAGCAGCCUAUGGGCCGGAGUUGGAGGAUGCAAGGAAUUAUGGAUGGGAAGUGAAUGAGAGAGUCAAUUUCAACUGGAAGAAGCUUUUGCAUAAAAAGACUGAGGAGAUUGUACGGUUAAAUGGGAUCUACAAGAGGCUACUUUCAAAUGCGGGAGUUAAACUCUUUGAAGGUGAGGGAAGGGUGGUAGGUCCAAAUGAAGUUGAGUUAAUUCAACUGGAUGGCACCAAGAUAAGCUAUUCGGCUAAGCACAUUCUAAUUGCAACUGGUAGUAGGGCUCAUCGUCCACAAAUCCCAGGACAGGAGCUAGCCAUAACUUCAGAUGAGGCACUGAGCUUGGAAGAGUUACCAAAGCGUGCUGUGAUACUUGGUGGAGGGUACAUUGCUGUUGAGUUCGCUUCAAUAUGGCGAGGAAUGGGUGUAACAGUGGAUCUAUGUUUCAGAAAGGAACUUCCACUGAGAGGUUUUGAUGAUGAAAUGAGAGCUGUAGUUGCAAGAAAUCUAGAAGGCAGAGGAAUCACUAUGCAUCCUUGCACGACGUUGACUAAGCUUGAAAAAUCAGAAGGUGGCGUCAAAGUGCACACAGACCAUGGUGAAGUGAUAUUGGCAGAUGUUGUGCUCUUUGCAACUGGUCGUCUCCCCAACACAAAAAGGUUGAAUCUGGAUGCUGUUGCUGUCGAGCUUGACAAGAUGAAAGCGGUGAAAGUAGAUGAGUACUCUCGCACCAAUAUACCAAGCAUUUGGGCCAUUGGUGAUGUCACCAAUCGAAUGAAUCUUACUCCUGUUGCUUUGAUGGAAGGAACCUGUUUUGCGAAAACUGUUUUCGGUGGAAAGCCUACCAAGCCUGACUAUUCACAUAUCCCAUGUGCAGUGUUCUGCAUCCCGCCUCUCUCUGUUGUAGGGUUUAGCGAAGAACAGGCCAUAGAGCAAGCGAAUGGAGAAGUUUCAGUUUACACAUCAACAUUCAAUCCAAUGAAGAACACAAUUUCUGGACGAACAGAGAAGUCAGUAAUGAAGCUUCUUGUUGAUGCUGAGACAGAUAAAGUUUUAGGGGCAUCCAUGUGCGGUCCAGAUGCACCUGAAAUCAUGCAGGGCAUUGCUGUUGCACUUAAGUGUGGAGCAACCAAGGAGCAAUUUGACAGUACAGUGGGAAUACACCCUUCUGCUGCAGAGGAGUUUGUGACCAUGCGUUCAGAGUCGAGGCGUGUUUCUUCAAACAAACCAAAGACGAAUCUCUGAAGAUGCAAAGAUGUGAUAAAACUAUAUACUACCACAUAAAAGGUAGCUUUCAGGACCGGGAAAAAAGAGCAAUUUCAUGCAGUAUUUUACAUUUGUAUAUGUACACGAAAACAGAGUGACAGGAUACUAUACAACCCCUCUUCAUAGUCUUAGCUACAUGGUGAACUUUUUUGGUUUUAAAUAUGUUUGAGGGCCAACAAGGAAAUUCUGGCAUUAGUAAUAUCUGCCUGUUGAAUAAGUAGCAGCUUGGGUUUUUGAUAAUUGUACUAGCAGCAAGUUUCAAUUUCCAGUGAUUUGGUCAUAAUAUUGUACUCA